CACACAUAGAUAGAUAUGAGAGAGACAGUAUAGUUUGUCGUCUCUCUCCCCAUCUCAGUCCACCGAAUAGUCUUUCUCUUGGGAAUCAGUAAAACCCACCUCUCCUUUUACAACAUACCACCAAAAUUUUUUGUGGGUUUUUCUCCUUUUCUUUAAAAGCAGACCGUAAAUUUUUGUGAACGUCUGCAGGCUGCAAGAAUAUUUUGAAUUUGUUUCUGAGAAUAUUAUUCCAUAGAGCAUUAGAUCUCAAAAUGCUUCAGGUGCAGAUUUUGGAUGUUCAGACGACAUAAAUAAGAAAGGAAUUGAGCACGAGUGAAAUGCGAAAAAUUUUGGAGUACGUGUAACAUUGGAAGGACUAAUAAUAUAUCACUAAAUGAUAUAAGAUCAAAAGGCUUUCUCCUAAAUCCACGUGAUUCAUUGAUAGAAAGAAAGUCCAAAUGAUGGGUUCUUUUCCACGUAAUUGUGAAAUUGUUGAAGAAAAAGACGAGCCGAAUACAUCCCGGCCCCAUCAAACACUUCACCAAGUAAGAGCACAAGACAUGGAAAGGAAGCCUCCAAUCCUGAAAAAAGGAUCUAAUAGAACUCUGGAAGAUGAUAUCAACAAACUCUUUGAGGCAAUUGAUCUCAGAUCAUGCAAGAGUCUGGAUCUCUCCGACUCGCAAAGAAAUUCCUCUAAGAAGCCAAUGAAGGUCGCUGGGUCUCAGUCACCAGGAAUUGGAUUUUCCGAGCCCGUGUCUUUGAAGCAGGCAUUGAGGGGACUGUGCAUUUCUCAAGCAGCAGAAAUGGCUGCCAUGAGACGGUUAUCAAUGCCAGCAGCUUCUCCUAGGAUUUCAGAAGCUGGUAAAAUUACAAAUUUGUACAGGUCUGUUGUAGUUGAACCAGGGGAAUCUGGUUUCCCUCGCUUGGGAAGUGGAGUCCCUGUCGUGAAAUCAGCAAAUCAAAGUGCUCAUUCUUCUCCUCGUUUUGGUGUUAAACCAAUAUUUAAGAGUGCAGGACAUACUUCUGGUGAAUCUGAUCAUCCCCUGACUGAAGGUAGGGGAGAUGGAAUCAGAAUAUCCCUGGUGCUAGAGGAAAGCAGUUCGUGUUCUUCGGAGAAUCUACCUCAGUACCUUCAAGAGCCUAUGAUGAAGUCAGCAAACAAAACUGCCCAUUCUUCUCCUCGUUUUGAUACUAAGCCAAUCAUUAAGAGUUCUGAAUCUACUUCUGGCGAAUCUGGUUGUUCCCUGACUGAAUGUUUGGGGGAUAGUGUUGGAAGACACCUUGUGCAAGAAGAAAGCACUAAAUGUUGUUCUAAGAAGUUGCCUCAGUAUCAAGAGCCUAGGAUGAAGUCAGUAAAUCAAAGUGCUCACUCUUCUCGUUUUACCGUAGAAUUGUCUUGCAGGCAUAAUGAAUGUGCACCAGUGUCCACAGAAGUCGAAAUCCAAGAAAUGGAAGCAGAACCCUCUCAGGAGGAAAACCAUACUUCAAUCUCUUCUCUACCUUAUUGUAAUGAUGACGAUAAUGUCCCAAAGCCAGACAAGAAUUUUACUGGAUCUAACAAGGUUGUGAGUGGUCCAAGUAAAAAUACUGCCAACUCUGCUAAAGUAGCAAAUAAAGCAGCGCCUAAGCUACGAAGGAAGGGAAGGUUGCAGGCUUUACCUUUGUCAAGCACAGGGAAAAGCAAUAGGGAUGUCAAGUCAACAAGAAGCACUUCUCGUGCAGUCAAACCUGCCCUCAGGAACAAGAAUCUCAUUAUUAAGAAAUCAAAGACGGUAUUGGUAUUAGCAGAUGGAAAUUCUUCUGCAUCUUAUGAAGUAAGCAGUGCUUUGGAUCACAAUUCUGGCCCACCUAUCUGUCAGAGGUGUCUGUGUUCUUUGAAGGACAACAAAUAUGAGUCUCAUAAGGACCACCCAGUAGCUACUGUUGCUGAAGUGAGUACAAGUAGUAAUAAGUAUGAUGCAAUCAAAUCGGACUUCAAUCCAAAUGGCUGUGAGGAUAGUGUCACUCCCUUGGUCAACACUAGCAUGACCUCAAAAUAUAAAGAGAAAGGAGAAUUUUCCCAAAGCUCAAAGAGCAGUAUCUGUGAUUUUAGUAGUAGCACUACAAGUCUUAGUGAAGACAGUCUUAGCGGGUUGAAUUGUGGCAAUAGACCGCAUAUGUCAAAGGAUUUGAGGUGGGAAGCGAUCAACAAUAUAAGAAAACAAUAUGGAUUUCUAGGAUUGCAUCACUUCAAUUUAUUGAAAAAGCUUGGUUCUGGCGAUAUUGGUACAGUUUAUCUGGCUGAACUGAUAGGAACAAACUGCUUAUUUGCAAUUAAGGUUAUGGAUAAUGAGUUCUUGGCUAGAAGGAAGAAAAUGUCUAGAGCUCAAACUGAAAGAGAGAUUCUGAGAAUGCUUGACCAUCCAUUUCUCCCAACGCUGUAUGCCCAGUUUACUUCUGACAAUUUAUCAUGUUUAGUUAUGGAGUUCUGUCCAGGUGGAGAUCUACACGUCCUCCGCCAGAAGCAGCCUGGUAGAUAUUUUCCUGAACACGCAGCAAGAUUUUAUGUUGCUGAGGUCCUGCUUGCUCUUGAAUAUCUGCACAUGCUUGGUAUUGUGUACAGAGAUUUGAAACCUGAAAACAUUAUGGUCCGAGAAGACGGUCACAUCAUGCUAACAGAUUUUGAUUUGUCACUUAGAUGUUCUGUUAACCCGACCCUUCUUAAAUCUUCUUCACUGGGAAUGGAACCACCAAGAAUAUCUGGUCCAUGUGCGAGGUCUAACUGUAUUGAUCCUUUCUGUACUGGACCUUCGUGUCAGGUUUCUUGCUUUAGCCCUAGAAUUUUACCUGCCAGUGCAAAGGCAAGGAAGCAAAAAGCCGAAGCUUCUGCCCAGACUAGAUUGUUACCGCAGCUUGUAGCUGAGCCGACUGAGGCACGAUCCAACUCGUUUGUUGGUACACACGAGUAUUUGGCUCCAGAGAUCAUUAAAGGAGAAGGUCAUGGGAGUGCAGUUGAUUGGUGGACGUUUGGUGUUUUCUUGUACGAACUUCUUUACGGGAAGACGCCCUUUAGAGGUGCUGGAAACGAAGAGACAUUAGCCAAUGUGUUGUUGCAGAAUCUGAACUUUCCUGAUAGCCCUAUUGUUAGUUUUCAGGCAAGGGAUCUCAUUAGAGGUCUUUUGGUGAAGGAACCCGAGAACCGGUUGGGGACGGAGACUGGAGCUGCCGAGAUCAAACGACACCCAUUCUUCGACGGCCUAAAUUGGCCAUUGAUACGCUGUGCCAUUCCACCCCAAAUUCCAGAGUUCUAUGACACCGGUAUUUCCAAAAUAGCAACUCAAGAGGAGGAAAAGUAUCUGGAAUAUAGUGCUGCAGGAGAGCAAUUGCAAUUUGAGUUGUUCUAGCAAAAACAUAUUUGUUGGGAAGAAAAGUAGUCUGGUAAAGCUAUUUCGUAACUACAUCAUGCUUAUAAUGUAUAUUGUCGAAAAUAUUGCUCCAAGCUUCUCUUACCAGGCUUGACGGAAAUUUAUAUGGUGGUGACAAUUAAGUCCUAACACAUUUAUCUUGGUUUUGCAUGAGUUUCAGUUGAGUUUAUUCUUCAA